UUGGCAGUAUAAUAUUGCGUUAUAUAUUUUCGGGUUUCUGUUAAAUUAUACUAUCUGAAAAUUAAAGUUGUGCUUUUUCUUGCUUAAAAUUCAUCUAGGAAUUUGCCGGCACAGAAUCUUCUUGAUUUAUCAAGCAACAAAAAGAGAGAGAGAUGGGAAUUUCAUCAGAGAUGAGAGAAUCAUGGGCAAAGCGAAGGGAAUCUUUGUUGAUUGCUUCUGCAUUUGAGGAGGACAGAAUUCGCAAGUCUAGGGAAUGUACUCAAGAGGGUGUCCGUGCGGGAACUAAAGCAGCUGCAAUUGCAUGUGUUGCUAGUGCAAUUCCUACGUUGGUUGCUGUGCGGACAAUUCCUUGGGCAAAGGCAAAUCUCAAUUAUACUGCUCAAGCACUCAUCAUAUCUGCUGCUUCCAUUGCUGCAUACUUCAUUACUGCUGACAAGACAAUCUUGGCAUGCGCGAGGAGAAACACUCACUACGAUAAAUCCGCUUAAGAUACUAGUAUGCUUGUUGUGAGUGAGUACACACGCUGGUGCUCCAUUACUAUCUACUCUGUCUUAAAGGAAGAUUUAUGAAUUUGUUGAUGUUAGCAUUUGGAUUUGCAUCAUGUUUGAGUAAUGUUUUCCUCUUUUUACUUGUUUUCCUCUUUUUUCUGCCUCUGUAUAUCAAGGAUUUGGAGUAAGAAGUGGUUGGUCCUUGGUCCAUGUUUUAUAUAUAUGAUAAGUCAUGUUUGCUUUUCAUCUUGAUAAA